GAAAAAAUAAUGCCCUUCAGUUUAUUUGGCAUAAUGGCAGCUUUUCUUCACAUGGACUUUAUAUGUGUCGUUUUCGUUUUUCCAUGUCCAUCCUCUGCUUCAGUUUAUGCCUACAGCAUUAAUCUUACCGCUCAGCAUAAUGGACUAGAGAAAAGCACACGGACAUAAAGCCACCUGAUUAUGCUGUACUUUGCAGCACGGCUCUUAUCGGGUAUUUCUUUCGCCUGUCUUCCUCCAUUUUGUCAGGAUGAAGAAUUCGUUUCCGGGUUUUCCAGCAAACGGGGGAAAGAAUGGGAAAGGCUCGUCCGGCUAACUAGCUGUGGGGACAGCCGAUAGCCAGCCUCUUAACCUCAGCUAGUGCGGGAUACAAUCAGGCAGAUAUUGGGCCAGUUGGUUUUUUAAAUCUGGUCUCUCUGACUAGUUUCAGAUGGGCAAUAGGCUGCGACUUUCUCUGUUUUUCAGAUAGUGGGGACGUUCAGGCUGGCUGUAGCUAGCUGGCUACAUGGCCGACGGCACGAUUACGAGUUACGAUCGCAAUAACAGCCGAAUGGAUGGGCAGUGAAGAAGAAGGCAGAGAUAAUAGCCUUUAAAUUCCCGUUUAUGCAUUAAUACGACUUGUUGUUCAUUAGUCAGCUAGCUGCUGAAGGCUUUUGUCUCAAAUCGCACCGCUGAUCUUUAAUCGAUGUUGUUAUCUGAGGCGACGGACUGCCGAUCUUCGCUCCCGACUAGUUCGUCAGACUGUCAAGCUUGUAUAGUGACAUUCCAGUUCUACUGUGAAAACUUGUUCGGACACGUAUGCAAGAUGGUCUUUACCAUACAGUGGGGGAAAUGAAACCUGAGAUGAUACUCUAUGGUUUGUGUGUGGACAGAGACACGCUCAGGUGAACCUUUGAAUAAGCAGCGCGUACAGGAUGCCAAUUCCUCCCCCUCCCCCACCGCCCCCUGGAGGACCUCCUCCCCCCCCCACAUUCAGCCAGGCAAAUACUAAUCCGCCAAAACUGAACCGCGAUGAAGCUAAAGGUAGAGAUGCUCUGCUAACAGACAUAUGCAAAGGGGCCAGGCUGAAGAAGGUUGCUGUUGUCAAUGAUAGGAGUGCACCGGUUAUUGAGAAACCAAAGGGAGGAGGCGGUGGCAGUGCUGGUGGAAGUGGAGCUGGACCGGGAGCCGGGAAGUCAAUGGGGGGCUUAUUCCAGGGAGGGGUCCCUAAACUUCGACCAGUAGGAGCACUGCAGCCACCUGGGUCCAAACCUUCUGCUCCGCGCCCCAAUGUGAGCGGCACUUCUUCUGGUUCUGGGCGUCAGGCUGACAGUGAGACCGCCAGCUUGCGGGCUUCUCCUCCAGAGCCUCCCCGCUCUCACAGGCCCUCUCUCCCUGAUAUAUCCCGGCCGCCAAGUACUAGCAGCAAUUCUGGGGGGAUGAAACACAGUUCCUCAGCCCCACCCCCACCCCCGCCUGUAAAUCGUCGGGGCAACGCACCCCCUGCUCCCCAGCAGAAGGCUACUGCUACCUCCUAUAACAGGGAAAAGCCGCUCCCUCCCACCCCUGGACACAGAGCGCCUCCUGUGUCAGGCCGGGAUGCUGCUCCGCCUCCACCAGUCAAACCUCCUCCAUCCCCACACAACUCUUCCCGACCCACGAGUGGAGUGGGCUCUACCUCCCUCGCACCACCACCUCCCCCCUAUCGGCAGCCCCCAGGGGUCCCUAAUGGCCCAUCCAGCCCUAGCAAUGAGGCGGCUCCUGAGCUUCCACAGAGACAUAAUUCCUUGCACAAAAAGAUACCUUCUAGCACCCAGCCCCGAGCCCAGGCACCUCCUCCACCACCUUCUCCAUCUAUUCAGAGCAGCCGACCUCCCCCGCCAGCCCGAGAACCCCCGGGCCGUGGAGCAGCUCCACCAGUGCCCCCUCCAGUGAUGAGGAAUGGUGGCCGGGAUGCCCCCCCUCCUCCCCCGCCGUACAGAAUGCAUGGCACUGCUGCUCCCACCCCUACUGAGCCUCUUACCCGAGGGAAGCCCCCACCCCCCCCUUCACGAACCCCUGCUGGGCCCCCACCACCUCCACCACCCAUUCGCAACGGACAUACUUCCAUCUCCAAGUCCUUCAUAGAUGAUUUUGAGUCAAAGUACUCUUUCCACUCUAUGGAGGAAUUUCCACCUCCAGAGGAAUACAGGCAUUUCACAAAAAUCUACCCCAGUAAAACAAACAGAGCAGUGAUGAGGGGCGCCCCGCCAUUGCCACCUGUAGGAAGGUGAAAACUGUGACGGAUCACUAUUGAUACACAGGAGAUAAGGGUUACACACAAAACAAAUACACACCAUAAACAUGUAACUACCAGCCUGUACCAUAUCAUCCUGCUCAGUGUACUCGACCAACCCACUGACACCUCUAUUCACUCAUAUUUCUCUUUCUGGCACAAAUCCUUUAUGACUUUGAGCAUGGCCCUGCACUUAUUCAUCAGUGGAAUGUGAUAACUCCAAAGUCAACGAAAUUCGAGCAAAAGGACAAGACCAAACUUGGGCAAUUACCUACACAAAAGUAUAAUCGCCAUGCAUUCCAUCUCUUCUUUUUUCGGCAUGAAAAGAAAUGCAACAUGACAAAUAAGUGGCCAAGAAUUUUUAUUUUGUUGAUUUGAAUACUUUAACUUUUUUAUUGUGAGCAGUCAAGAUUCCAGGUGAAUGGAAGAGCUGUUUAAUGGCUGCCUUGCCUUCUGUCAUUCCCAUGCUUGUAAUGAUAACCAAACUUGCCAGGAACAACGACUUUGAAUGAGUGCAAUAUUUUGAGGGGAAAUUUGGGAUGAAAAUUCACUCCUUGCAUGUGUUGGCAUGUACUGUUUAAUUUUUCCAGUAUGUUUUAUUGAUACUUGUUUCCCUAAGUUUUAUUUCUGACAAUACUGGUCUCUGCAUGCACAGUCCGAGUUCAUAAAUUAGUUAUCUUUGCUGGGGAUGCAGAAUAUAUAGCAAUAGUGAUGUCGUGUUUCCUCUCUGCUGUGCAAAUAUUCAAAUCACUGUUGCCUGGGUUGUCUCAUGGUAACUUUCACUAAGGACAGUUUUUUUUUUUUUUUUCUUUUCUAAAAAUGGUGCCCGUUCUUUUGAAGAAGACUAAAGAAGUGAAUUGAAAAGUCACUUGUCACAACUGUUUCUUUUGAUUAGGGGGUUUACUAAACUGAAACCUCCAUCUGUAGACAGAUGCUAAUUCAGGCCAAAUGUUUUUGUAGCUGAAACACUGAAUUCUGUCUUAAGGUACAAGCUAAGGUUGUUUUUUUUUUUGGGACUUGGACAGUAUGAUGGUGUUGGUGUCAUAAGCUUUCACCGUGGCAAACAUUCUUCUCAGAAAACUGAUGAAGAUCUAGCUUUAGCCAUACGACGUGCCAGUAAUGUUCCAAAAAAGCCACAUUGUUUUGGAUGACAGAAGCUACAAGCUUUGCCUUUUUGGAUGUGGGCUGUGGCUUGAGUGGUUAUUGGAAGAGUUGACAGUUUAUUUGUUUGAACACGAAUCUUCAUACAUUACAAAACUUGAGUGUUUAGACUGGUGAAAGAGAGCAAUCUGUUGGCUUUAGGUACCCGCCAGCUGACAGGUACGUUAUAAUUGUUGUCCCUUUUUAGUUUAAGGUGCUUUUGCAGUACUUGCAUCAUCAAAGUUAGUACAAAUUUCAGAAGAGUUGCUGCUGCUUGUUAAUGAUUAAAAAUUAUGUAUUAAGGUGGAUUUCAAACAAGAAUAAUGGCAGUUUGAGGCAACAAUACCCUUUAAAAUGUAUCAAUAUUUUUUUUGUUUUUGGAUCAAGAGGAAAAUGUAAAUCUUUCCUUAGCAAAACUUGAAAGGCAAAAUGCGACAGAAUUACAUUGGUUUUAUGUUUAAGUGUAAAGCUCCUUAAUUUGGCCACUUUUCCUAUGACAAAAAAUGCAGAUAUAUAGUAACUGCAAUGUUUGAUACAGGUACCUGUAUGGCCUGAUAUAACAAAACUAAAUGUCUUACACUGUGUCAAAUAUGGCAAAAGUUAGAGGUUGAAAUGCCACCUAAAUAAUACUACUUAUCAACCAGGUGGACUGUGAGAAAUUUGAAGCUUGCAUAUGAUGAGUUUGUUUUACUAUUAAAGGUCCAUAAGUGAAUGAAGUUUAGAGAGAGACUCAUCAGUCAAUUAACAGAUUUUUUUAUAUAUAUAUAUGCAAGGAGUCAACAGUGAAAUGUAUAUUUUUGCUACUCCCCAGUGAACUUUCCAUUGUAGUCACAUCCUGACUCAUUUUGUCAGUAGCAGUACCUACACUGGUUUCCAUUAAAUUUCAUUCUGGACUAUUAAUAUGGACUCGUAUCAGCUAUCUGUGCAUGCUAAUUAUUCUUGUGACACCCCUUAAAUGAAAACUCUGCUAUAACUAAACAUUUUAUAUUCUUUCCAUUGUUCUAGAUGAGCAUUUUUGAAAAGAAUCUGUGACUGUGCAAACUAAAGAAUGGAGCAAAUGGUUUUGGGUGCUUUGCUAUGCAAUGGAAAUCUGAUGCAUUUAUUUAGAAAUCUCAAUUGGCAAUAAUACCCUAAGAGUUAAUUACAAAAGUAAACGUAAUUCUUUGAACUUAAACAAUGAUUUAUUUUUCUAAAGAUAUCCCGCCUAAUUUAUAAUGUUGAUUUAAAAAUGUAUCUAUAUGAUCAUGUUGAGGCGAUGUAUUUUUUUGGCAUAGAACCCUUACACCCGUACCAUUCAUCACUCAUUGAAAACCUAGCUGGUCUUUUGCCUUAUGCAUCUGUGAUCAUCGGUACAAGUAAAUUUGUUUUAAAAAUUAAACUAUUAAAAAGACCAUAAUAAAUAAUAUGUAUAUUUACACAAAAUAUGGUAAUUAAGGUAAUCAUAGCUUUUGAUCUAUUUUUGUUGUAUAAAGCUUGUAAUAUAGGAAACAAAAUGACAGAAGUAGGUAACAAAUGAGGUGAGGGAUUUAUUGGAGGCCAGAGACAAAUUCUUAGCCAAGUCUCUGUUCUGCAUUUCUGUGUCUUUUACCAUGAACUUUUGUGGCUGUAUUAACAGGAACUGCUUUUACUCACAUUGAGGGAUAUUCUGGUUUUCUCUUUUCCUUUUUUUCUUUUUCUCUCUCUCUUUUUUUUUUUUUUUACUCUAUCAAUGCUUACUAUUUGUUCUACAAGGGUCAUUUCACUUUGACUGUCAGCCAUGUUUUUCCUGUUAAAAUAAAAUAAAACCUCAAACAAUG